AUGCUUACUCUAGCUAAAAAUGAUGACCGGAAUCUAGAAACACCAGUAUGUAACAUCUCAUCCUCAACACCCUACAUGCAGCCUUGGUGGCGGGUUUUUGGAAACAGUAGCAUGCCUUCUUCAGGGGAACAGGCCAAUGGUGAUGGUGCUUCUAAAGGAAAUAAAACCAAUCUGGCUCUGCAAUCUGGACUAAAUGGAACUAAUGGUCAAAAGGAGCAGCAUCCUGAUACCAAUUCUCCAUUGGAACUUGUUGGCCAUUCAAUUAUGUUGACGUCAAAUCCAUAUACAGAUCCACCAUAUGGGGGAGUAAUGUCUUAUGGGGCAAUGGGACAUCCACACUUACUUGGAUAUCAUCCAGGAAGAAUGCCUCUGCCUCUAGAAAUGGAAGAAGAACCUGUCUUUGUGAAUGCAAAACAGUAUCAUGGUAUCUUAAGGCGAAGACAAAUUAGAGCAAAAGCAGAACUGGAAAAGAAAGCGGUAAAAAUCAGGAAGCCAUAUCUUCACGAAUCUCGGCACCAGCAUGCUAUGAAAAGAGCAAGGGGCUCAGGUGGCCGUUUCCUCAACAAAAAAGCGCUCAACGAACAGGAGAAAAAUUCCACUGUCACGCAGCAGCCAAAAUUUGACGCAAUUGCUCCAACACCAACUGGUAACUCAACUGGUCCCACUAUGGUUUCAGACAUGCACAAAGAGCAAUAUCUCUCAAUUGGAAACAGCAAUGAAUAUGGACUGUCAUUUGUCUCGGAGCGAACGGGGAAGAGGACGUUUUGGUCAGGACAAUUGGUGCUCCCUGGUGGAACUGUCUUCACAGAGGGCUGCCCCCAGCAAAUGAGAAGCUGA